AUUAAAGUUUCAAUUUCCCGAGAUAACCUGCGGCCAGCCAUCCGCCAGAAAUGACCUUGAAUGUCCUUACUGCCCCUCUACAAAUAUUGCUCAAACCGUCGUAAGUUAGAGUUGAGAUGCCACAUAUCCAAACAGGUGUACUGUACUCCUUAUUAAUCGCCUCUUACUUCUACGUUACCGUCAGGUUCGUAGCCCGGGCUGUCGAGUACUACCGAAUUAUGACGAUCAUACCAUCUUCAGAGGGCUAUGAUGACGACGAUGGCGGCAGUUGUUCUCGCUGUUCCUACUGCCGCGGCUACAAGGACGAAACAACACCUGAACAGAAGUACAGAACCUCGUUCGGGCUAAGAUCUGGCACUGUGGUACGAGGAUGGCCAAGUCAUGGCGGAAUUUUUUUUCUGAACGACUGCCUCGGCGUGGACCUCGAGUUCCUUCGCCUCGACCGUUUCGAACCUACGUUGAGAUCAGAGGACCAGGCGGAAGAAGAUGCGCACUGCCAGAGGAUGCGCAUGCUUGGUGCAGUGUGUUUUGAAAGCGAAUACCCCCACGAACUGGAAGAUUAUUCAAACUUUGGCGACUACCCGAUAACGUCUCGAAGAAGCGAUCAUGUCAUUGCCGGGUAUCCAGCAACGGGGGGCGUCUGGGUUCUCCGGACCUUCGAGGAGGACGGUCUGAAGAUGGGACUUGGUCGAAUCAAGAACGCCAGCGAUAUGGAAGAGAGGUGCAGGGUCAUUCAGAGACUUGGAGGGGUAUUUUAUGAAGACCCUUUCGAACCACCCGAACUGGAUCUUCGACAUGAGUUUCCGGACCCGAAGAGAAAAGGGACUGUGAUACACCACAUGAUACCCCAGACGGUUCUAGAGGAGUUGAAGUUGGAAAUACGCCAAAAAUCACAAGAAGUCAAAGCAGACUACGAUUAAUGAGUUGCAUUUAUUUGUUUGGAAUUUCUCCUCUGCACGAGGUAUUCGGGCCAUUAACACGUGGAUUGGGAGGCAGAAAAGCCAAGACUCGGCCCAGCCAGAGCACAGGCGAUCUUGCCAAGCAACCAGUUCAACUGGGCCUCUUUGGCCGUAAAGGGCCGACGGUCGAUCUAUGGAUACAUAAGCUUACAAUUGAGUUGAUUUCAGUUGUAGCGGAGAAGAUGGCAACUAGAAAAACUGCUCAUAAAGACAUGC